CCUACGAGUGCAAACCCGCGCCCUGUGGCCGCCAUUGCAUUGGUCCGCCUUGCUCCUGCCACGCAAUUGGUGCAAUUGGUGACAUCUAGGGAGCCAGCAGGGCUGUUCUAGCAAUGGUGGAUCCUGGCCCCCGACAGCCUGGCGACGGCGACUCUACGUCCAACAACGGGGCACCCAAUGCAAUCGACGGCACCGUGGGCAAGAAGCAGGUCCCCAGCGUGGCCAUGCAAGACCGCCCCAAUGUGCCCUUGCUCAAUGUGCCCAGGCUGGACCGCAAGCUGAGCAACAAGGGCGAGCAGCUUACAAUAGAUAGCCCCACCUUCUAUAAGACAGAGCAAGAGAAAGUGCGCGAGCUGCCAGUCCCAGGGGGGUCUCAGAAUGGCACGCCCGACGGUCACGGUCUUCUCAAGUACUUGGCGACGGCUGGCGUCAUUGUGGGCGCCAGCCUGAUUGCGCUAGCUGUGAGGCGCCAGACCAGGCGGGGGGUGAGGGGCAAAAACAUGGGGCCUGAGGCGCCCAAGUAUCGUGGCCACGGGUAUGACGACGGUGGAGGGGGCAAGAAGGGGGGGAAGAAGACGACCACCGUAGAGGGCAUCAAGGUGGCCAAGGAAGAUGCGGGGGUGGUGGAGCGACACCUGGCCAUGGAGCACCUGAUCGAGGAAGGCAAGGACCCGUCUAGUAGUCACCAGUCUCCGGAGCUGCCGGGGCACGCGGGCAAGGAGAUCAGCGCUGCCGCAGUGGCGACGGUGCACGCGGGGGACACCAUGUGGUCGCUCAGUACGCGGGUGCUUGGGAGGGGGGAGGACUGGCAGUACCUGUACAAAGCGUGCGCACGCGACCUGGGCGACGACCCGCGCAAGCUGUACGUGGGCGCCGAGCUCGACGCGGCGUGCGUCAAGGAGGCCAAGCGGCUGGCGGCGGAGGGGCGGGGCACCAGCACGCCGCCCGAUAGGCAGCCUGUGAGGUGCCUUCCGCUCCUGGGCCCUUGGACUUUUUCGCUUCUGGAACCGAACUUGGACGUCGAGACGCGCGUUAAGGACGGAGACUCCCUCAUAAAGAUAAGCAAGGAGCUGACAGGCGACCCGGGGAAGUGGAGAGAAAUAUAUGCCGCCAACAUGCCCAUGUCUCUUAACCCGGACGUCAUCAAGCCGGGAAGCAAAUUGAGGAUCCCUUUGGAAGGGGCCGGGGAGGAGGACCACGUUGACUGA